AUGUGUUGCGUUAUGAUCUUACCGUCCAAGAAGAAAAAUUCUGUUAUGUGGGCUUAUUUCAUAAGAAGGUUUACUGGUCAAUGCUGUAUCGGUUCAGCCAAUAGUUAAGGGUCCGCUUGAAGUAUUGACGUAUUCACCCAACAAUAGCUGAACCCACCGUGACAUAUGAUGCUCAACAUCAAUCACGAACUUCCAGUCCUUACUUUUCAAGUAUCUCUCAGUCAUUGGGCCCACGCAUAUAGCGAUGAUGAGAGGUUGGCGUCGAUCAGCCGUUCCGGGAGGAGCUCGUGUGCACAGACCCAUGGUUUCGCUCUUUCAGCUGCAGGAGCUGAGCUGCCUGCUUCCCCGCUUGCUGUUCCUACUUCACUGCUCCACUGCUCCACUGCUCCAAUGUCCCUGAUGCAUUCAUCUCUCCAUUCAACAUCUCCAAAAUACUCGCACAACCACAAUCAUGUCUAGCGAAUCGACUCCAUCGCUCAGUCUGUCCCGGCCAGCCUCGCCCGACCAUCCCACCAAGCCGCUCGUCAUCCUCUGCGAUGGCACCUGGUGCGGCCGCGAGACCAACACGCGGAGCAACAUCUACAAGCUCGCGGAGCUGUUUGGCGUGCGGAUCGCCUCCGAUAUCCGCGCUCCAGAAGGAGUCCUGUAUCUCGAAGGUGUAGGAAUCGGCAGUUCAUUCCUAGACUACCUCUUCAACGGCAUCACCGGCCAAGACAUCGCCCGCCAAUGCAUCGAGAUCUACGAGUAUAUCGUGUACAACUACACCUACCCGACCCACGAGAUCUGGCUCUUCGGACUCUCGCGUGGCUCGUACCUCGCGCGCGCCGUCGCCGGCAUGAUCAACAACUGCGGCAUCGUCCAUCCGAUCCCCAAACCCUCCUCUCCCACCAACGAGAUCGACACGCACCAGACGCGCCUCCUCUGCGAAGCCGUCUACAAUCUCUACCGCUCCCCUUACGCCAUCAACGCGCCACACUCCCCGCAAUCCCUACGCUUCCGCCAGCGCAAGUCCUGGCCCCUCAUCGGCGACGAGGACCCCAGCCACCCGCACACCCCGCGCUUCAUCCCGCCGAUCAAAUUCAUGGGCCUCUUCGACACAGUCGGCAGCCUGGGCAUCCCGGAGUACACCGGCGGCGUGGGGCUGGACUGGCCAGUCUUCUACGACCAGCACGUUUCGACGGUGGUCGAGAACGUCCACCACGCCGUCUCGCUCCACGACCGACUCUUCAUUUUCCAGCCCUGCCUCGUCAGCCGGGACUGCCGCACCCGCCACGCAGCCCAGGAUUGGGAGAAGUUCGGCGUCACCCGCCAGGAGUGGCUGCCCGGCGUGCACUACGAUCUCGGGCGCCAGCGGUUCCGGUUCUUGCGCGAAUUCGGCGGCGGGUGGAUCGAGUCGUUCGUCGGGACCUGGUUCGGCUUCGCGAGUAAAGUCAUCGAGCCGAAUCAUGUGCUGGCUGAUCUGGCGCUGCGGUGGAUGUUGCUCGCCGUGCAGACCACCUCCACUCACAAUCAAACGGGGGGUUAUGAGGUCCUCCCGGGAAUUGAGCGGGCAGUGGAGCAGGUUACGAGGGAUAUUCGGGGGAGGGCGAGGGAGCGCGGCCGCACGGGCGACGGCGAUGUGUAUGGGAAUAUCCUCUCGUAUGCGCCGUUUGGGUCCGUGCUGCUGGAUAUCCUGCGCACGGUGCGCGGGACGAGACGCAAGGUGUCGGCGCUCUAUCAGUUGUUUUUCGAUCUGCGGGACAGGUUAAUUCCGGAUGAUAACGCGGUGGUCUAUGAUUACUGUGAUUUUGAUGCGGAGAUUGCUGGGUGUGUGGAGAAUUUGGGGAGGGUUACAGAGGAGCGGUAUCCGUCGAAGACGUAUGCCAAGUGGAGAUUGAGGCAGUAAGCGGUGGGGUAAUCAUGCUGUCUGGUGCUUUUGAACUUGCCAUCGGGCCAUUUGCACAUUCUGCAUCGUAGCCCCAAGAAAAAUGACAAAGCUGGGAAGCGCUGCAGGACGACUGCCAGGCAUCUCGGAACUAGUAUGUAUCAAUACGCAGUCAAAACUGCAACGAUUGCGGCUUCACGCCUGUACUGCUUUGUCCAGAGGAGAAUAAUUUAAUAACCUGCACUCUGGAUGUCCCAUUAAUACAAAUAACAACCAAACCAGGAGUCGAAGACAACAAUCAUG